CCUGAGACGGUCAAAUCGCUCCGUCGUCAGUUCACAUGUAUUAAAAUCCAAUUAAUAACACCAAGUACGAACGAAAAGUUUUUCUUAGUUAGAAUAAUUGAUCGCGAUGUGAGUUAUUGUGAAUUACCGUAAAUUUAUUUAUAGCAAAAAGAGUAUUUCGGUUGGGACGUGGAUGUUUAUUUGUGAUCAAAAUAAGCGACAAUGACGUUAACUUUGCAAUCAGUCUCAAAAAUCAGUAAGUUAGAAAUAACCAACAAACCGUGUGACAAAAUCACAUCGUCUCAUUUAUUACACUACGAAUCUGCCUCACCAGUUCAAGAUCAAGAUCAAGAUAAUCAUAACAAUAACAAGAAUGAUAAUGAUAAUUGCUUAUCCCUAUCAACCCGACUACAAGAAAGCAAUACCCUCCAUGAAUCCCGCAACACAAACGGCCAUUAUCACCAUCAGCAUCAAAAUAUGCUUCAUCGCCAAUUCCCAUCCUUCAGCCUUCACCUUUCUCCAUUUCAUCAACCAAUAUUCAAUCCCAACUUUAUAAAGUCCAGCAAGGAGAACUACAUCAAUCCAAUAUUUGAUACAAACUUGCAUCAAGUUAUUUUGCCCAUUGAGUGUGGCAGAAAUGCUGCUCUCAUGUUUCUCUCGAAGUUAUGUCAAGGUUCAAAAGGAUCAUGCAUCCUCUUUGAAAGUUGCUACUGGCUGACUCCAAAUGAGUUUCAGUGCAUCAGUGGCAGAGAAACCGCAAAGGAUUGGAAAAGGUCAAUUCGACAUAACGGAAAAAGCAUCAAAUUGCUGAUUAACAAAGGAAUCCUCACUGUCCAUUCUCCCCUCUGCGAAUGUGGAACAGCAACUCCUAGUUCUAUCAAAAUUGGCAAACUUGACAUGCACCAAUAUUCGGAGGGUGAAAAUUGCAUUUCUUCACUUCAUAAGAAUGAGGGGAUGAAAAUUAUAGGUGGCUCAGUAGAUGCAAAUUUUACAAGUAAAGACAGUUAUGGGGCAAGAUGGAACAAGGAGGUAGCAGAUUACCAAGAACGGGAGGAUGGCUCGGGAAGUCAUCGCAUAGUUGAUUCCUUAGGGGAGAGUGAGACUGACGAUUCAGCAUCAUCUCCAGAAUGGACCUUUUCAUCCGGUUUCGGAGGCGACAGAAGACUGAGUCACCUCCCCCGAAUUCCAAGGCUCGUCCACUCUUCGGACAACCACAACUUGGUGAAUGUCGAAGACAGGGAUGAGUUAAUUCUGAGCGUCAGCGUCAGCGGUGGCGGCGUCGGCGACCUGGGUCCGCAAUCGAGAUCUUCCUCCGAUGCUUCUUCAUCGUCCAUUAGCACCCUCACAGCAGCUGAAUCCCAAUCAGAAGAGACGUCAAUAACUGGAUCCGCUACAAAUAUGAAUAACAAUAAUGACUCACCAACCCCACCAAAGUCCAAUAAACGUAAGAACAAGGCAAUCGUGGUGAAAAAUGAGCGUCAUUCGCCACAAUUAAGUUCAUCAACGACUUCGCCGCCAAUGACGCCACCUCCGUCGACGAGUCAGAAUACAGGCACCGCUGGAGCAUCGCCCCCACCUCAACCGAUCAAGCAGAUGGAACUCAUGAUGGGAUCCGGUAGCAGAAAUUAUUCCGACUUUAUGAGAAGUCUUGCAGCAAAGUACAAUCAGCAGUCGACGACCAUGACUCCAGACUACUACAGCAGAACGUCACCAGCAAAUUUUGCAUUUGAUACUCGUUUCCUCAAACCAGCAGCAGCAGCCGCCUUGCUAAACCUCAGUUGCUCUCAAAUUCCAUCCUCACUAUUUGGCGACAAGGAAAAGUUUAUGGACAUGUCUUCCACCUCCACGCUCCUCUCCAUGGUCAGGUCUGCCUCGGCCGCGGCUGCCAAUAAUUUGGAGAGUUUGAAGGCAAACAGUAGCAGCCAAAGCCACCACAAUAAACGCCCUAAUUCGCCACUGGAUCUAUCCUCCAGAGACACGCCAAACACUCCACCCCCCGUGAAAAAGUCCAAACAAAGAAAUCCUCUAGAUGCGAUGACUUUGAAAUCUGCAAAUGCAGCCAACACCUCCAUCUCAUCGCCAUGUCUCUCCUCCUGCUCGACCGGAUGUACUGAGGAGGCUCAGACCAUGAUCAGUUGGUCUGUAGACGAAGUUUGUCGAUUCGUAUCCAACAUUGACCUCUGCAAAGAUUAUGUUGAGGUCUUCCGUGAGCAUGCAAUUGACGGAUCAUCUCUCCCACUCCUUACCGAAGAACACCUCAUGAAUGGAAUGGGAAUGAAAUUAGGCCCAAUCCUCAAAUUUCGAUCAACGAUUGCCAGAAAACUAGGAACAUGUGUCAUUUGUUCUCAUUGUUCCCAUUGUCACAACAAUAACGUCAACACCAACAGCCCUUAGUGAAAAAGUGUUACUUUCUCCUGAUAUUUAUAUCCUAUACACCCAUGCUGAUAAAUGCUGCUUCGAUUUCUGAUGCAUAUUAGAAAAGAUCCUUCAGGAAGUGGACUCCUUCAGUGAAAGAUUUAUAGAGCACGGUGAUACCAAAUCUUAUAUUUUACUUGUAAAAAUAUCCUGUCUUUCCAAUGUGAAUAUUAUAAUUAAAGUACAUGAUUUCCCCAUUUUCGUAAAAAU